UCCCGGAGCAAGUUCACCUGCUACACACGGCGCCUCCCACACUCUUUGUCACCGGACCGCCCGGUACAGGUAAAACUGUGGUGCUGCUGCUGAUGGCCAUACAGUGGCUGCGGUGUGGUCACGACGUCUACGUUGUCAAUAGUAGUAUGAGUCCUGCAGUGAGCAUCAUGUUGUAUCACCUGUUGCUGCAGACAGUAAAGACACAACAGUCAGCAGGUGUGACACCCGGUCAGCCUCACCUCAUGCUGUAUGAGCUUCAUCUCAAUAAAGAAGUAGAGAAGGCCGUCAACGACUUGUUACAGGCGGCGAGCGGAGGGUCGUUGUACGUCAUCGUUGAUGAAGUAGAUUCUUGUUACAACUUUACGAUAUUGUGUCACAAGCUGCUGACACAAGUUUCUCGUCUCCAUCUGUGGGCGGCAAGUUGUUUCCACAUAGACACACCGGACGGCUGGCAAGUGGAAUAUUUAACCAGACCCCUCCGCUCUCCGCCGGCCGUCGUCAGGGAAGUCGAACAGGACGAGAGGAUCGCUGAGCUCGGUAAUGUCCACCCGUACUAUGGACGAGGUGUACCCGACCACACAGACGGCCCGCCGGUCAGACGACUGUAUCACCGAGGUGAGGGUCACUCAGGUGACUGGUCAGGUGACUGUGUGACGUGCGGUCGUGAGGUGGCCAGCUUCCUACACAGUCUCCGUGUUGGUGUUACAGCAGAACAGCUUUGACAGAUCGCCUCUGAACACUUGCUAAAGAUUUCAUGGAAGCUCCACUAGCGGAAUCCCAGAGUUGUAGAGUGCGAGACACUGGUCUCGGUGCUGGAAAACUGGAUGAGAUGUCAAGCCGCACACAAUAAUGCUGUGAAGAGAACACAUUUGACAAAGUAGGCAUGUGUAUGACAUGGUCAACAGGUCUGUACACCAAAUAACUUGGAUAGGACUUUGUACGUGAGUGGGCUCGGUGACUGGGUGAAGUGGAACAUACCGAGCAGAUCACAGAAGGUAUUAUGGUAUUCUAGAAGAAAGUAACCAGAGCAAAAUAUGAACUUUUGUGUGUAACAAGGGCAACAGUGUAGCAACAUCAUGUCAAGCAAAGGAGGACAUCGACGACAUCGACAGUCCACUCAGGAAACAUCAUCUGCAUCGAAACUGGUAGAGUCUAAGAGUGGGAAGGAGGAAAGCCGCAGUGAGCCUCGACAACCAGCUUCAGAUUCUGUCUUGUCUACUCAGCUGCAACACUCACCAAGUCUUGAUGAAACACCAUCCACGAGACAGACAGUUCAGCCCAAGCGUAAGAGAGCAAAAGAUGAUGGAGGGAUGUUUCAAGGGACACGGAGGCGGAGUGACGGUGCAGACAGUGAGAAUUGUGGUAGACAGCCGGCGGUCAACAGGCAAGCCAAGGGCCACCUAGUCGACAUCACGAACUCUUUUUAUAAUCUUCGUUGUAGAGAUGGUAAAGGUCCACUACAGCAGAAGGAGAAGGAGACUGGUGCAAAAGUUAUCCAGCCUGACACUGUACAAGGUAGGACACUUGCUGCCAUCAAGGACAGCCGACCUCAGAUUGAUGAGGUGCCCGAGGUUUUCAAGCAAAGGUUUACUGAUGAGGAAAUCAUCUCAGAACAAGCAAACUGGCUAUGGUGGGUUCAGGAAGCCUUUCCUGACCUGGACUCUCGCCCCUACUUCCUACCUGCUCUCUACAUCAAACGUGUGCCGAGUACCACAGAGACCGUUUCUGGCAGAGAGGUGAAGGUCAUUCAAACAACAUCUCAGGAAGAUGGUUCAGUUCCUCAGCACGAGAUCAGAGAUGAUGAAGCCAUGGCUCAGGUUCUCUCCUGUCUGCAGAAAAUGGCUGAAGAGGAAGGAGAAACGCUGAUUGGAAUGAGUCAGCUUCAUUUUAAACAUUACCUGGGUGAACAUGGGUAUGAUGCAGUUGUUGCUAAGCUACCAACUGCUGAUAAAUUUCCUGCUCAUGAGGUUCCUCCUGGACUCACUUUAGAGGAUGUGAAAACUGGAGAAAUAGAUGUGCUUCUUAUUCAUCGAGUUUACGGGUUUGUCGUAUGUGAGGUAAAGAGUACUCGUCCUAAAGAGAGAAAUAGCAAAGAUUUGAGAAAUAUCAUCAGAUGGAGACUUCAGAAAGCUGCAGCCCAGUUGGAAAAAGCAAAAAUCAUGUUAAAAUACUUGGCAUCUGACAUCAUCAGUGAUCCACAGAUAAAUAACUCGAUUGCUUUCCCCAGUCUCAGAAAUGAACAGCUAAAUACCACCCUCAGCAAAUUCGCAGAUUUGAGAAAGGAUCUUAAAGAGUGUCUAGAAGCGCCGACGACUGAACCAUCAGACAUCAGUGCUCUUUGUCUCUGCUCUGAGCAUUUUUCUGACCCCAAAGAACUCCGGGUGUGGUGGGAUCGACGAGUGAAGGGUUCCAGCCCUGAUACAAAAAUGUCAUUAGAUGUGUACAGACUACUGGCAGCCAGGUUCUGUGGUCCAGCAACAACAGUGACUGUGCCAUGUACAUCUCCUCCACGCCUGAAUGUCAAGACCCUGGGUCAGGCCGUGUCACAAACAGCAGAGUGCUAUGUUCAGAUGGCAUUGUUCCCAGAACAAGUUGAACUGCUCACACAGGCGAUGCCCAGAGUAUUUGUGAACGGACCGCCUGGUACAGGCAAGACAGUGGUGUUGUUGUUAAAGGGAAGUGAAUGGCUGCUACAAGGUAAGAAAGUAUUUGUCCUGAGCACAUGGCAGGAAAGUCUUGCAGUAUGUACUCUGCUCCAUCACCAGCUGCAGUUGACAACAAAUGUACAACCCGGUCAACUCCACUUCCUACAGUACGACUUUGAGGACAAAAAGAACAUGGACAAAGCCCUGAGCGACUUGUCACAGGAGUCCGAUGGGGAACUGUUGUAUGUCAUUGCCGACGAAGCCGGGCCUGAUAAGUCAGGGAAACAAUCACAGUUCAGAACUUUCUGUGACAAGCUUCUGAAAAAGGUUCCCGGUCUUCAUCUGUGGGCGGCAAGUUAUUAUAGCAGACACAAGCACGAUAAAUGGGAGGUGAAAGAUCUGACCAGACCUCUCCGCUGUCCACCAGUCGUGAGGAGAGAAGUGGAGCAGGACAGGGCGAUGACCAGGGACUUGACUGUCAAGAAGUACAGCGACCGAGGAGCUCCUGACUUCGGAGAGGGACCGAAGCUGCAGAGAAUCACUCACAAGGGCCACAGUCCUGGGCGGUCAGUCAACUGUGUCCAGUGUGGUCGUGAAGUGAUCAGCUUCCUUCAGAACCAUCUACGUGUUGGGAAUCCACUGAGUGGUCCGUCAGCGCCACCAGCACUACGGUGGAAAGACGUAGUGGUGCUCUACAGGGAAAACGUAAGCGAGGAGUUCGGCAUCGCCAAGGCUUUCGAGGAACAGAAGAUUCCACAUCGGUUGAUGAAACAUGAAGACACUGAGGACAUGGAACUCGUAAAGGAUAUGGCUACGGCCAAUUCUGAUGUUGUGUGGUUUACCAAAGGAGAUUUGUUUCGCGGAUUAGAGAGGAAGGUUGUCGUGAGUGUUGAGGUUUUUGACUCGUGGAAGAAAAAUACUAAGUUUCCUGAUUACAAACGACUUCACAACAUGUCCCGGUGUACAUCACAGCUUAUAGUUGUUUUUAACGUUUAGCGCCAAAGCUGUCAAUAAAAAGUUAAAGAAUAAAUCUAAGGUCAACAGCCUUGGGGGACAUAAUUCAACUUCUACCGAAGAAGUUGGCUUUUUAUGAGUCUUAAUUGCUUAACCGUUCUUAAAUAAAUAUUUUCAGUAAUAAAGAGAACAAUAAUGUCAGUUCUUAGUAAUAUGUAAAAGAUCCUUAUUUGAGAAGCUUCACACAGUUUGUCUAUUUUUGGUGUAAACAGCAUAAGGGACACAAAAACAAAGACUGUAUUAUCUAAGCAUCAGUAAGGGAUGUUAUUUACGAUGGAGAUUUAAGGGAUUGGGGAUUUGCGUGUCACUAGUUAAUUUCUUACAACUUACACUUGAUAUCGAAGUACAUGCAGCUUUAAUUUCCUUGUAUUAACCAUCACAAUUACAGAUAAACAGGAAUCAAGGUAUGGGGAACGAAACAAACGACUUACACUAUUGUUUGGUCCUGCUUCUAUGAGGAUUUCUAUAAAGGGUUCCUACACAUAGUUUCAAACUAUUGACCCAUGCCCUGAAGCACUUGGCCGUUGGAUGUGGUAGGGUCCAUGCAGAAGAAACAUCGGCUGUUUAAAUAACUUUAAAAAUACUACAGUGGAACCUCGGUUAGCGAACGCCUCUGAUAGCGAAUAUUUCGGUUAACGAACAAAAAUUUCGUUAAAAGUUUGUCUCGGAUAGCGAACAAAAUUUCGGAUA